AUGGACCAAGAAAAUGGAUCCUACGCAGCGACUGUUCCUCGCAUGCGAAUUGGUGUUGCUUGUGAAAUGUGUAGAGUGCGCAAGGUAAAGUGCAAUGGGCAACAACCUUGUCCAAACUGCUGGCAGCAUGGAAUAUCUUGUGUUUAUCGCGCCGGGCCACCGCGAGCGUCUCGUCGAAGAAAGCCUGUAACGCCUUCGCAUGAUCUACGCCUGCGCACCAAACUUCCGACAGAACCAACCGAAUCAGCAACUCCACAUCGGUCGGGGUAUUAUCCAGCUCGAAUCAAGAGACAAAUGGAUUUGCGUGCUGGUAUAGGUGUAUCUAACUCCAGGACAGGCUCAUUUCAGUUCUAUGGGCCAUCGUCCCAUUUCAACUUCAUUCAGCGUGUUUAUCAGAAAAUCUAUCGAACAACACACCAGACACCCAAUGACCAGCACAACAACACAAUACCCGAUGGCUUACAACGAUGGGGCUUGGAGUCUUUUAUCUUUUCCCCGAAACUCGAUGGGAGCUGCUCACAUAUUCUCUCAGGGCAAACUUUUAUAAACAAAGAUCGGGGAGAUGCAUUCUUGAACUCGUAUUUUAGAAUCAUCCACCCUCUAAUGCCGAUCCUUUGCCGUUCCGAUACCAUGGCCAGCUGGGAGUCCCUUUGGGAGAGCCCUGGCUGUCGAAGGGAUAACACCUCAAGGGAAAUCGUGUUCAUGGUAUUAAGUCUAGGUGCUCGAGUUUCGCAGCCAACCAUCCACGAGACACCAGAAAUAUUGGAAAAGUGGUCUGAAUAUUUCUCUUCGCAGACAAAUGACUUCGCGAUGACAUUCCAAGAACCUAGCUUUAAAGUUAUCCAAUUUUUGAUGCUCAAGGCCAUGGAUGGGCUACAGGCAAUGCGUCCCAAUGAUUCCUAUCUCCUUCUAGGACACGCCGCUCGUGUCGCGCUUGCCAUAGGAAUCAAUAGGAGCCAAGUGGCAAAUGGAAAUAGUCUCAACAUGCAUCGUCUACGUGUCGCCUUUUGGGUGAUCUACACAAAUGAACGGAUGUCGGCCCUAUACACUGGUCGUCCAUCGGGUCUGGUAGAUGAUCACAUUGACGUUGCAUACCCUGAGGAUCUUCCCGGUAUCCCGCACUCAAGCUCAAUUUUGGAUGUUGACACUUCUCAUCCCGAGAAAGAGUGUGCCUGGAUUCGAUCCAUGGCCCAGAUAGGGCGACUGGCUGAAAGAGUAGCCAAAGCUGUGUACUCUUCAGCAAGCGCCAAAUCAUGGGAAGAUCUCCUGAAUGUGAAACGCGAAACCCUGCAAUGUGACUUGAUACUCGAUGGAAUCGCACAAUGUCUGCCUGAGUAUCUGAAUUUCUUUGAUGAAACAAGUAUGAACUAUAAUAUGAUACGGAUGAUAAUGCAUCGGCCAGCGCUUGUCUUUUCUAGCUUUUUUGCAUCCAAAAAAGAGGCCAAGGAAGAUGUUGCCGAUAUCAUGAGAAUCGAGGAAUCUAUCGGAGCUUCUGUUAGCGCGGCAAAAGAAAUCAUUACGAUAUGCAGCGAUUGCAUGUUCAAUCGGUUCCCUGGCAUACGGAAUGAUACUUCUGUGGCCGCAUUUCUGAUUGCGGCCUGCGUGACCGUGCUCUAUGAUGUCCUUGGCCAUAAUACCGACCCCGAUUAUAGCAAGGGCAUAUUUGGUUAUGUCAAUCAAGGAAUCCAUUGUCUUGACCAGAUGGAACAUGUUGGUCCCACAACGGGAAAAGCUCUCAGCAUCGAUGUCAUGAAAUGCGCAAAAGAUGCACUUAGUGCUACAGAUGAGCUACUCCAAUUCGGAGAUUUGUUGAAUGAGUUUCCUUGGCUUAAAAACCUAUCAAAGCCCCUUUUCAACGGCAAUCAAGACUUGAAAACCCCAAGAAUCGUUUCAUCCUCCAGUGAACAACCGACUACUAGUCUGACCAAUCCUUCCGUCAUGAAUAUAUCAGACGCCUUGUUUCUUGAGGCAGACCCGUUUUCUUGUGACAUUGAUCUGAACUAUACCUCUCACUGGCUUGAUGGUGGUCUUGCCGAGUUUGAUCCCAUGAAUCCUCUGUAA